AUGCAACCUUUCUCCUCCUUGUUAAGGUUGAAGCAAGAACAUACAUUUAAGUGGGAGGAGCAGCAUCAACAGGCUUUUGAGGAAAUCAAGCAUUACCUUUCAAAUCCACUAGUUCUGUCCCCACCAAAGAGAGGCAGACCACUUAAACUCUAUGUUUCUGCAUCAAAGGUGUCCAUUGGGAGUCUGUUGGUUCAGGAUAACAAGGAAGGAAAAGAGCAGGCAGUCUACUAUCUGAGCAGAACUCUAACAGAAGUAGAUAGGAAAUAUUCUGCAAUUGAAAGGCUUUGUCUAGCCUUGUACUUCACUGCUAUGAAACUCAGACACUACAUGUUACCAUACACCAUCUUGAUAAGUUAA